ACUUUCACUUUUCGAUGUUGCCCGUGCAUUCAUCCCCGAGAAUACACUGUAGAAAUGCCCAAGUGAAGUCCACCGAGGAGUAGAAGCACGACCAACAAAUCAGUCAACAAGACAGCUGCCCCAAGGGGCGAGAGGGGAGCCGCCACAGACAAGACAACCCGAGCGAUCGCGAGCGAAGACAUGGCCAUCGCCGCCGCCUCCGCCGCGGCGACUCUCCCUUCGAGCUCCGCUUCCCGCAUCCUUUCGGCCCCCGCCAAGCCCUUCUUCUUCUUCUUCUUCUCUCCCUCCCCCGCUUCCUCCCCUCCUCAGUCCCGUCUCCUCCGCGCCAGAGCCCACCUCCGAGCCCCUCGGUUCUCGAUCUCCGCCUCCGCCGCCGCCUCCAUGAGCGUGCGGGCUCCGGAGAGGAGCUCGCCUCCGUCGUCCUUCCUCGACCGCCGGGAGAGCGGUUUCCUCCAUUUCGUCAAGUACCACGGCCUCGGCAACGACUUCAUCUUGGUUGACAAUAGGGACUCUUCGGAGCCUCGAGUUACUCCGGAGCAAGCGGUCAAGCUGUGCGAUCGUAACUUUGGGAUUGGUGCUGAUGGAGUGAUUUUCGCCAUGCCUGGGAUUAAUGGCACGGACUACACUAUGAGGAUUUUCAAUUCCGAUGGCAGUGAGCCUGAGAUGUGUGGUAAUGGAGUGCGAUGCUUCGCACGAUUCAUUGCUGAGCUUGAAAAUCUAAAUGGAAGACAACGUUUUACGGUACACACUGGUGCUGGUCUAAUAGUUCCAGAGAUUCAAGAUGAUGGGAAGGUUACAGUUGAUAUGGGGGAACCAAUACUCAAAGCUUCUGAUGUGCCCACAAAGUUAUUGCCAAACAUAGACCGCUCUGUGGUUAAAUCUGAACUAAAAGUCGAUGGAGUAACCUGGAAUGUGACAUGUGUUAGCAUGGGCAAUCCCCACUGUGUCACCUUUGGUGCCAAAGGAGAACAGAAUUUGCAGGUUGACAAACUAAACUUGGCUGAAAUAGGUCCAAAGUUUGAGCAUCAUGAGAUGUUUCCAGCGAGAACGAACACUGAAUUUGUGCAAGUUUUCUCUCCUUCGCACCUGAAAAUGCGUGUUUGGGAACGUGGGGCUGGAGCAACCCUGGCUUGUGGUACAGGGGCAUGUGCAGUGGUUGUUGCGGCAGUUCUUGAGGGACAAGCUGGGAGGAGUUGCACUGUAGAUUUACCUGGAGGUCCACUGGAGAUUGAAUGGAGAGAGAAAGACAAUCACAUAUACAUGACUGGCCCAGCUGAGGCGGUCUUCUAUGGAUCCGUACCCAUUUAGCACGAAUUGAACUUUUGUACUUAACCAACUUUUAUUUAACAAACUAGAAUAAUGGUCAAGUGCAAGUGUACGGGUGAAGAGUGUUUGGAGUGUGUCUGGAUAGCUGGAGUCCUGUUUUAUUCGAAUUGAGUUGUCUGAGGUAAUAGCGGAGGCGGUCUUUAUGACCAAUUUGUUGACCUAACUGGUUUGGUGAUGAAGUGAUCUCUUAUGGUGAAUUUAGUGAUCAA